UGAAAUAAGCUGAUAAAUUAAUUCAGUAACUAAAACAUUUACAUCAUUACAAGACAAAUGACAAACUCCUCAUUCAGAGCAACCUAAACAUAUAUUCAAGGAAUGAAACCAAGCAUCUCAAUCUGAUGAAAGGCGUUCCUCUUUUCACUGUGAGUUCAAUUUGCUGUAACAGUUACUUACUAGCCUUAUAAGGUUUUCAAUUGUUCAACAUGGCAAUUUAAGGACCAAUAGAUUCUAAUUUUUCAAUCAUACAAGUCAUUCCAACUCCAGUUGGAUCCAAAUCUACUCAUUAGAUAGAUAGCAUAGUCGUUAUGAAUCAACCUCGGCCCGACAGGAACUUUGACGUCACCAAAUCAGUUAUUGGGUUAAAAAGGUUGAUUUGGGAUCCAGGCCCAAUUAGCAACUAAUUUAAAAGGAAGAGAAGUUAGAAAGAGAGGUUAAGCAUAUUACGAAGAAACCGUGUGUUCCUCUAUCUCUUUCUAGAAUCUAACUUUCCAUCUCCAUUCUUAUCUUUAUCUUUAGUUACUUGUUAUUUCGGUAUUUCACUUUGUAAUUUGAUUAUCAAUGAAUAUGAUUUUUAUGUAUUUGUAUUGAGAAUUCGAGUUCGUUUCAUUGGUGCUUUCAUCCAGAGGUCUUCAAUGGAGGACCAAAUAUCUCGAACAAUUGAAGAUUCAAUUAAUGUCAUGAAGGAUACUUGGUCGAAGGAUCUCGCCGAAAUUCGUUCACUAUUACAAGAGUUCGUUGGAAUCCUUCCAACGAGUAAACCAAGUCCGGUGGAAUUUCAACGAUUCUGUGGCCAGAAUCCAGAGUUAUGGAUUUCUCAGGCUGAACGCUAUUUUGAGUUCCAUGAGAUUACAGAAAACCACAAGUUACAUCUCGCAUCGUGCUAUCUCGACGGGGCAGCUUUACAGUGGUAUCAGUGGCUUUUCGAGAACAAACAAUUGGUAGAUUGGAAACAUUUUGUUGAGAAAGUGUUGAUUCGCUUUCGUAAAUGUCAUCUCAAAUUGCACGCAUAUAGUUUAUCCAAUCUCCAACAGUGGAGAAAUAUAACCAAUUCAGCGUUGCUUAAAAGCUGUGAAGAGAAAUCUGAACAAAAAAGUAAAAUUGGUGCGCACAAGGUGUUUGACAAAAGAUUAACUAGCAACUGUCCCACAGACACUCCAAUUGAAAGGGCUGGUGAAGAAUCUCCAAGUAUGGAUAGUAUCUCAGUCGAAUUGUUCAAUGGACAUCCCCAAGGAGAAUCUUCAGGGAGGUGCAACUGACGUGACCAUCGACGGACCGUAGCCUGACCCACGGUCCGUCCUGCACAACCGUCGAUGGAAUCAGAAACUCCCAAACAUCUCAGCCCAGGAAAAUUGGUUAAGUGUUGGUCGACGGACGGACUUACAGUCUGUUGGUCAGACUACGGUCCGUAGUCCAUGACCGUCGAUCAAGACCCCCUUCACCCACUCUCUGACAAGAGCCACGGAUGUCCAACAUGGUCCGUAGAUGGACCCACGGUCCGUAGGUCUGACCGUAAGAUGGAAUUAGCAGACAGUUAUGGGAGAAGUGCAGUUGGGUCAACUUCAAGUGGUCAUAACUCUUAGCACAAAAUAAAUUAGGUGUCCCAUGACCUACCCACAGAUAAAUAAUUGAAUUAUCUUUCCAUAGCCACCGACCUUACUAAAACCAAACCUCUGAUUAAAAAGUUAUGCCCGUUUUAGUAAAGGCUUGUCGAACAGGCCCAACUGACGGACCAACCGAUGGGGCGUGGAUCCACCUACGGACCGUCUGUCCUAGCUGUAGGUUGGUCCGACAACAACUUUCUCAGGGGUCUUUUGAACCUUUUCCACUUCGUUUAAACCCUAAUAUACGUCGUUUUGACCCUAAAUUAUCAGAUUUUAGUCAGUUUAAGCCUAGAAACAUAAUUAAAACAUAUCUAAGUCAAAUCAUUAAAUCA